AUGACCAGCGGUAGGCCUCCUGGAUCACAUCGACUUGUGGACCAUGAUGACGACCUCCUGCUGGACUCCGGUCCAACAUACAACUCUGGUCAGCGCCCUCCAGUAAACGACGACCAUCUCCUAGAACAGUUCAACAUCGAUGAUUCCGAAGUACCUAAUGCGCAGUCGCGCCCUUCCAUAUCUUACGAUAAUUUUGUCGGUAGCCAGGCGCAACGGUCUGGAGCUCAUUAUGAUGCAGCUUCUGGCGCUGGGAAUACCGGCUACUCCGGCGCGUAUAUCCAUGAUCCUUACCCCGGCUCUCCCCUCAAUCGUUCCUACUCGCAGACCUCUGAGCUUAGCAACUAUCAGCGAUAUUCCUUCGAUGGAGACGACAACUAUGAUUACAAUGAUGCGGAUUUUCAGAGUGGUAAUCAGACCGUUCACCAUUUCGGGACUGAUUCAAAGCCAAGGAAUAGCACGUUGUUGAAUAAACUCGGGUUUGGUAGAGGGGAUGGUCAGAAUGAUGAUGAUAUGAACCUCCCAUUGACACAGCCUGGAGUAAGAAGUGAUGCGGCCGAUAGUACGGCCGAAUAUACAGCCGCAGUUUCCAGGAAAAAGAAAACCUCUGCGUUCGACUGGAAGUCUAUCUUUGGCCGACGAAAGGUCGAUCCUGCCAGCUUGGGUCCUCGCAUGAUCCAGAUCAAUAACGCCCCCGCAAACGCUACACACAGAUAUCUCACCAAUCACGUUUCGACUGCAAAGUACAACGUUAUCACAUUCAUCCCCAAAUUCCUAUUCGAACAAUUUUCCAAGUACGCCAACUUGUUCUUCUUGUUCACCGCGGUGCUCCAACAGAUCCCCAAUGUUUCUACCAAUCGAUAUACGACCAUCGUCCCCUUGUGUAUCGUGCUGGGUGCAUCUGCAAUCAAGGAAUUGGCUGAGGACUACAAGCGAAGAUCGUCGGAUAAGGGAUUGAAUUAUUCGAAAACGAAGGUGCUCAAGGGUGGUUCUUUUGUGGACUCAACAUGGGUUGAUGUUGUAGUUGGAGACGUUGUCCGAGUGGAAUCAGAAGAAGCAUUUCCUGCGGAUUUGGUUCUCUUGGCAUCUUCCGAACCCGAGGGUUUAUGCUACAUCGAGACGGCAAAUUUGGACGGCGAGACCAACUUGAAGAUUAAGCAGGCUAUCCCUGAGACAUCAACUCUCGUUAGCCCCGAUCAAUUGGCCCGUUUGACUGGGCGUGUUCGAUCGGAGCAACCCAACAGCAGCCUUUAUACCUACGAGGCUACUAUGACUAUGAAUGGCGGAGUUGGAGAAAAAGAAUUGUCUCUGGCACCUGAUCAGCUGCUCCUCCGAGGCGCAACUCUGCGAAAUACUCCUUGGAUUCAUGGAGUUGUUGUCUUCACAGGUCACGAGACCAAAUUGAUGCGCAAUGCGACGGCAACGCCGAUCAAGCGCACUGCUGUCGAGAGGAUGGUCAACGUGCAGAUUAUGAUGCUUGUGGGCAUACUGGUUGCCCUCAGUGUCGUUAGUUCUGUUGGAGACUUGGUCAUUCGCCAAACCUCUAGCGCCAAACUCUCGUAUCUCGACUACGGAAAACUGAACGCCGCAAAACAGUUUUUCAUGGACAUCUUCACCUACUGGGUCCUCUAUUCUAAUCUGGUUCCAAUCUCUCUCUUCGUCACUAUCGAAAUGGUCAAGUAUUUCCAGGCGUAUCUCAUCAAUUCAGAUCUGGACAUGUACUACGAGAAGAAUGACACGCCCGCUACUUGUCGCACCUCUUCCUUGGUUGAGGAGCUUGGUCAGAUUGAGUACAUAUUUUCCGACAAAACUGGUACACUGACCUGCAAUCAAAUGGAGUUCAAGCAAUGCACAAUUGCCGGUAUUCAAUAUGGAGACGAUGUUCCCGAAGACCGACGUGCCGCUGCCGACGAUGGCGACGGUGAAUUUGGCAUUUACGAUUUCAAGACCCUUAGACACAACUUGAAUUCUCACCCGACCCAGGGCGCCAUUCGAGAGUUUCUUACCCUUCUGGCCACCUGUCACACGGUCAUUCCCGAGUGGAAUGGCACUGAUCCUACUCAGAUCAAGUACCAGGCAGCUUCACCUGACGAGGGCGCUUUGGUGGAUGGAGCCGCUUCCUUGGGAUAUCGAUUUACAAACCGAAAACCUAGAUCUGUCAUCUUCACAGCCGAGGGAUCGGGACAGGAACUGGAGUAUGAAUUGCUGGCCGUGUGCGAGUUCAAUUCCACUCGAAAACGAAUGUCCACAGUCUUCCGGUGCCCUGAUGGAAAAAUCAGAAUUUACUGCAAGGGAGCCGAUACGGUCAUUCUCGAGCGUCUUCAUCAAGACAACCCAACUGUGGAAACAACACUUCAGCACCUUGAGGAGUACGCUUCGGACGGAUUGCGAACUCUAUGUUUAGCUAUGCGUGAAAUUCCAGCAGAUGAGUACCAGCGAUGGGCCCAGAUCUUCGAAACAGCUAAUACCACUGUGAGUGGUAACCGUGCUGACGAGCUUGACAAAGCCGCCGAGUUGAUUGAGAAAGAUUUCUAUCUUCUUGGUGCUACCGCCAUUGAGGAUCGUCUGCAAGAUGGCGUUCCAGACACUAUUCACACGCUUCAGACUGCAGGAAUCAAGAUAUGGGUCUUGACUGGUGACCGACAAGAAACAGCCAUCAAUAUUGGAAUGUCCUGUAAGCUGAUCUCUGAAGAUAUGACACUCCUAAUUAUCAAUGAAGAGUCAGCCCAGGCGACACGUAGCAACUUGCAGAAGAAGCUAGACGCUGUAAAGAGCCAGGCGACAUCUGGCGAUAUUGAGGCCCUUGCCUUAAUCAUCGAUGGCAAGUCUUUGACGUAUGCAUUGGAAAAGGACAUGGAGAAAAUGUUCCUGGACCUUGCCGUAAUGUGCAAGGCUGUGGUUUGUUGUCGUGUCUCUCCACUUCAAAAAGCCUUGGUCGUCAAACUGGUCAAGCGUCACCUGAAAUCGUUGCUUCUGGCUAUCGGCGAUGGAGCAAAUGAUGUAUCAAUGAUUCAAGCUGCUCAUGUUGGUGUUGGAAUCAGCGGAGAAGAAGGUCUCCAGGCUGCAAGAUCCGCUGAUGUGGCCAUUGCUCAGUUUCGUUUCCUCCGAAAGCUUCUUUUGGUCCAUGGGGCGUGGAGUUAUUCUCGCAUUAGUCGAGUCAUCCUGUAUUCCUUCUACAAGAACAUCACCUUGUAUAUGACACAGUUCUGGUAUUCAUUCCAAAAUGCCUUUUCUGGAGAAGUUAUCUACGAAACUUGGACCCUGUCCUACUACAACGUGCUCUUUACGGUGUUGCCUCCAUUCGCCAUGGGUAUUUUCGACCAGUUCAUUAACGCUCGCCUGUUGGACCGCUACCCUCAGCUGUAUCAGAUGGGUCAGAAAGGUCUUUUCUUCCGAACGCAUAGUUUCUGGGCCUGGGUCUUGAAUGGAUUUUUCCACUCCCUUCUUCUCUACAUUGCCUCUCAGUUGAUAUUCCUCUGGGAUCUCCCUAUGGCCAACGGCAAAAUUGCUGGUCAUUGGGUCUGGGGUGAAGUGCUGUAUACUGCAGUCCUCGGUACUGUUCUUGGAAAGGCUGCUCUGGUAACCAACAUCUGGACCAAAUACACCUUCAUAGCCAUCCCCGGAUCCAUGCUUCUAUGGCUCAUUUUCCUGCCGGCAUACGGUUAUGCUGCUCCCGCCCUAAAUUUCUCCCGAGAAUACUACGGUACCAUCCCUGUUGUUUUCAGUUCUCCCAUCUUCUACCUGAUGGCCAUUGGAUUACCCUGUCUUUGCCUUCUACGUGAUUAUGCCUGGAAGUACGCCAAGCGCAUGUAUUAUCCACAGCACUAUCACCACGUUCAAGAGAUCCAAAAGUACAACGUCCAAGACUACCGUCCCCGCAUGGAACAAUUCCAAAAAGCCAUUCGAAAGGUCCGUCAAGUCCAACGCAUGCGCAAGCAGCGUGGUUACGCCUUCUCACAGGCCGACGACGGUGGUCAAAUGCGUGUCUUGAAUGCGUACGAUACCACCCAAGGUCGUGGACGCUAUGGUGAAAUGACUAGUUCCAGAACGCCCGCGUUAUGA